AUGUUUAAAAAUCAAAUUGGUGCAAUUGGUGCAUUAGACUUAGGUUCUGCUUUAGCAAAUUGCAUUAAUCUCUCAAAUUUGACACUUCAUCUUAAGUCUAAUUUAAUUGGUGAUGAAGGUGCAUCAGGCUUAAGUUCUGCUUUAGCAAAGUGCAUUAAUCUCUCAAAUUUGAAGCUUAAACUUGAUAGGAAUUAAAUUGGUGCAGUAGGUGCAUCAGGCUUAGGUUCUGCUUUAACAAAUUGCAUUAAUCUCUCAAAUUUGACACUUCUUCUUAGUUAAAAUUAAAUUGGUGCAGUGGGUGCAUCAGGCUUAGGUUCUGCUAUAGCGAAUUGCAUUAAUCUCUCAAAUUUGACACUUUCCCUUCAUGACAAUUAAAUUGGUGUAGUGGGUGCAUCAGGCUUAGGUUCUGCUUUAGCGAAUUGCAUUAAUCUCUCAAAUUUGACACUUUACAUUGGUUUUAAUUAAAUUGGUUCAGUGGGUGCAUCAGGUUUAGGUUCUGGUUUAGUGUAUUGCAUUAAUCUCUCAAAUUUGACACUUUACCUUCAUUACAAUUAAAUUGGUGAUGAAGGUGCAUUAGGCUUAGGUUCUGCUUUAGCGAAUUGCAUUAAUCUCUCAAAUUUGUCACUUGAACUUUUUGGAAAUUAAAUUGGUGCAAUGGGUGCAUCAGGCUUAGGUUAUGCUUUAGCGAAUUGCAUUAAUCUCUCAAAUUUGACACUUAACCUUAGUAAGAAUUAAAUUGAUCCAGUAGGUGCAACAGACUUAUGUUCUGCUUUAGCAAAUUGCAUUAAUCUCUCAAAUUUGACACUUGACCUUGACCUUAGGAAUUAAAUUGGUGAUGAAUGUGCAUCAGCUUUAGGCUCUGCUUUAGCAAAUUGUAUUAAUCUCUCAAGUUUGACACUUAAUCUGUAAAAAUAGUUUAUUUAUAUUUGA